AUGGCUGAGCCUCCAUCAUUGGAAGAUAUCUUGGCUAAAAAACGAAAAGAGGAGGAAGAGCAGGAGAAACCAAAAUUUUUAACAAGAGAGGAACGUGCUGCGCUUGCUCUCCAACGACGUGCUGAGCAGGUAGAGCGCAUGAAAGAAAACCAAAGACGAAUUGAUGAAAGUCGUAGGCAGUUUGAAGCUGAAGCGAAAAGGGCUGAGGGCCGUGAUGGACGCGAUCGAGACCGUGAUCACGACAGAAAUCGUGAUCGUAGCAGAGAAAGAAGAGAGCGUAGUCGAUCGCGAGAUCGUAGAGAACGAGAAAAACGCGAAAGAAGCGAUCGCGACAAAGAUGGUGCGCGUACCAACCGUACUGAGAGCAAGGAAGAAGACGACACUUUCGAUCCGAAUAAGCUGCAAGAGGCAGUGAAAGUUCGGUAUCUUGGGCUACAAAAGGAGAAGAAGAAAAGGGGAAGACGUCUUCAUGAGCGGAAGUUUGUGUUCGAUUGGGACGCAUCGGAGGACACCUCACAAGACUACAACAAACUCUACCAAAAGAGACAUGAGGUACAAUUUUUCGGGCGAGGUGCAAUAGCGGGUAUUGAUGUAAAUGCUCAGAAGAAAACUAAUAACGUUUUCUAUCAAGCUAUCAUGGAAAAACGUCGAACUGAAGAAGAAAAACAAAUGGAAAAAGCUCGUCGCGAAAAGGAGAAAAUAAGAGAAAGGAAGUCUGCUCAUGACGAUCGUCACUGGAAGAUGAAGCCGCUUGAUGAAAUGACUGAAAGAGACUGGCGAAUAUUCCGCGAAGACUUUAAUAUUGCUAUUAAGGGCGGGCGCGUGCCAAAACCGUUGCGAGCUUGGGAAGAGUGCGGUCUGCCUGAUGAAGUCUAUCAGGCCAUCCAAAAAGUAGGAUACACGGAGCCAACCCCUAUUCAGAGACAGGCAAUCCCUAUCGGUUUGCAAAAUCGAGAUGUCAUCGGAGUGGCUGAAACAGGUAUGGAGAACAGGCUUGCCGCGAAGCUUGAAGUCAAGAGCACUACGACAGGGUCGUACGCGUCAUGGCUUGCACCGACUAGGGAAUUGGCGCAGCAGAUCGAAGAGGAAACCAAUAAGUUCGGAGAAUUGCUGAAGAUCCGAACUGUCUCAGUUAUAGGAGGAGCCUCGCGUGAAGAUCAAGGAAUGAAACUCCGAAUGGGAGUCGAAGUUGUCAUUGCCACUCCCGGGCGUCUUUUAGACGUACUGGAAAAUAGAUACCUUCUUCUUAACCAAUGCUCCUAUGUUAUUCUCGAUGAGGCUGAUCGUAUGCUGGACAUGGGAUUUGAGCCGGAAGUUCAAAAGUUAUAUUGCCAGUUUCCAAUCAGAAACCCUGACACUGAUGAUAUUGAACACGAGGAAGCGUUAAUGAACAAUUUUGCUACAAGGGACAAAUACCGUCAGACGGUGAUGUUCACGGCGACCAUGUCCCCAGCCAUUGAACGUUUAGCAAGAGCCUAUUUACGGCGUCCUGCAGUUGUACACAUCGGAUCGGCAGGACGUCCCACAGAACGACGACGACAAGAAGAGAAAGAAAUCGGUCGAGGUGUUGGAGCAAACACUUGGGAACCGCUGAUCAUCAUUCUUCGUAAUCAGAGAACGGGUGCUGACCUUCUAGCGAAGGGUCUCAGCAAAUUGAAUUUCAAUCCUGUCGUCCUUCAUGGUGGCAAAGGCCAGGAAACGAGAGAGUAUGCGCUGCAGGCUCUCAAGGAUAAAACAAAAGAUAUCCUUGUUGCAACUGACGUCGCAGGAAGAGGUAUCGAUAUCAAGGACGUCUCCUUGGUCUUGAACUAUGACAUGGCAAAGUCUAUCGAAGGAUUACACCCAUCGUAUAGGAAGGACAGGUAA